AUGCCAAAGAAACAGGACACGCCCAAGUCACUGCCGAGCCGAGCCAAAGCUGUAUUUAAAAGGAUACUUGAUCAGGCACUGAAUAAACCCAUAGAAAACACGCCAAGCACGGACUACUCAUGGAUUGCGGAUGAAAUAAAAAAAGAACUGACAGCCGGAAUGCGAAGAGAUUUUCUUUCUUAUCUGCUCAAGCGGCUGAAUGUAUGGUACGAAGCACAGCUAGACCAAAAUUGUAAUUUUCAGAUGGGAGUGUUCUAUUUGCAAAUAACAUAUUUUCUGUACACCCUUCAAUUUGACAAUUCAAUUAUACCACACACAGAAGACAGUGCACUUUUAAAGGUGGAAAUGCCCUAUGCGAUUAUAGACUCAUUUACUGCUGAAACACUUCCAGCAGAGGUACGAGAAAUAAUUUCGUAUUUAAUAUAUAAGAACGAUCUUAAAAUAAUUUUCAAGUGGAAGGAGUACGUGCACCUAUCAAGCCCAAAAAUUCAAAAAAUAGAAGAGAAGAUAGACAAGUGGUUUAACAAGCCGCCCAGUAUAAGCAAAGAAGAGAUGCAAAAAUAUACGCAAUUAAAGCAGGCGCACAUACUUAUGCAGUCAUUACUAACAUAA